AUGAAUUUAAUUAUCAAAGACAAGGAGCUUUAAUUAUAUUAUUCGAAAGAACAACUCAAAAAUAUGGUUGGCAAAACAGCAAAUUAGAUAUCAAAUGAUUAUUAAGACAAACAUCCAAUUUUUAUAGGAGUCUUGAAUGGUGCAUUUAUGUUUAUGUCAGAUUUGAUCAGGGCUAUUGAUCCUUAACUUAAAUUUUAAAUUGACUUCAUCAAAUUAUCUAGUUAUGAAGGUAAUUAGUUAUUCAAAAAUUUUAGGGAGCAAAUCUACUGGAAUAGUGAAAGCUUUAAGCGGGUUAAAAAAUGACAUCAAAGGCAGAAAUGUUAUAGUAGUUGAAGAUAUAAUUGAGACAGGGUUAACAAUAACAGCAGUUAUAGAAGAGAUGAAAAAAUUAGAGCCUGCAACAAUUAAACUAUGUGCUUGCUUUCUGAAGACUGGUAAAAUUAUUAUUAUAUUUUUAGGAAAAUAAAAAAUAAAUAUUAAACCUGAUUAUCUAUGUACAGAAAUAGAAGAUAAAUUUAUUAUUGGUUAUGGAUUAGAUUGGGAUGAAUUUGGUAGGGGAUUAGAUCAAUUAUAUUAUAUCUAGUGAUUUUUAUUAGUUUAUGAUAUUCAAUUAAAUAAAGAUUGCAUAUAAAUAANAAAAGAUUAACGAAUAAGAAUAAAUUUCAAUGUUUAAGAAUAAUUUCAAACUUAAAAAAAAUUCACAAAGGAAA